AACUAAAUCAUCCAAAAAUUCAAAAAUAAAAAAGAAAGAAAAACAUUUAUAAAACAAAAAAUAGAGAGGAAAAUGGCUAAUAAAAACGUACUAGGAUUAUGUCUAAUGUUUCUAGUAGUAUCAAGUGUGGUCUACGAGGCGCAAGGAACUUUCUUGCUAAAGAUGUACUUGAAGAGGAAUUUUUUACGAAAUGCAAGGAACUUUACACCAUUCGCAUGCAAAGGUAUGUUAUUAUUGAUUAGUAGACUUAAACGUGGGUGUCCCGCGACUGAAGGAUUCAAGACUUUCUUUUCACUGUUCACGUCUUACGUGAAAUUCAUCAAAACGGCAUCGACCACAUCGAAUACUGAUACUCAGCUAACAACAAAAGUUGACGCCCUCACCAAUGCUAUAUCUGUGUUGACUGGUGCUAAAAGCGGAUCGAAUUCAAAUUUUAGAGAGACCAUGCUGUCAAUGGGAAAGACUUUGAUUGAGCAGAAGAGGAGUACUUCACAGCGCAUGACACAUCAGCAAAAGAAAAUGUUGGUUGCGGCUAUGGUGCAAUGGACUAAAACGGUAGUUACAUUGGUGAAAACGGCCGUAGAGACAGCAGGAAAGUCUAUUGAUGUAUCGAACCUAGGGCUUGACGUUGAUGUUAACUCCAUUGUUGGAAGUGGAAGUGAUGAAAGCCCAGAAAGCGGUUCAGGAAGCAAUACUAAUUCAGGUUCAAUCAUUUACGAAGACACUACCGGUGGAGGUUCAGGCAGUCCGAGUGGAAGUCCCGGAUGCAGCCCUUCUUCGACCACGACCACACAAUCCGACGGUUCUACCAUGGGCAGCCAAAGUGGUACAGCCACAGAGAGCCCGAGUGGUACAACCACAGAGAGCCCGAGUGGUACAACCACGGACAGUCCAAGUGGAAGUCCCACGGACACCCCGAGUGGUACAACCACGGAGACCCCGAGUGGUACAGGCACGGGAAGCCCGAGUGGAAGUCCCACGGACAGCCCGAGUGGUGCAACCACGGACAGCCCGAGUGAAACAACCACAGAGAGCCCGAGUGAUACAACCAUGGGGAGCCCGAGUGGAAGUCCCACGGACAGCCCGAGUGGUGAAACCACAGACAGCCCGAGUGAAACAACCAUGGGGAGCCCGAGUGGAAGUCCCACGGACAGCCCGAGUGGUGAAACCACAGACAGCCCGAGUGAAACAACCAUGGGGAGCCCGAGUGGAAGUCCCACGGACAGCCCGAGUGGUGCAACUACAGAGAGCCAGAGUGAUACAACCACGGAGAGCCCGAGUGAUACAAACACGGGGAGCCCAAGUGGAAGUCCCACAGACGGCCCGAGUGGUGCAACCACAGAGAGCCAGAGUGAUACAACCACGGAGAGCCCAAGUGGAAGUCCCACGGACAGCCCGAGUGGUGCAACCACAGACAGCCCGAGUGGCACAACCACAGACAGCCCGAGUGGUGCAACCACAGACAGCCCGAGUGAUACAACCAAGGGGAGCCCGAGUGGAAGUCCCACGGACAGCCCGAGUGGUGAAACCACGGACAGCCCGACUGGUGCAACCACAGAAAGCCCAAGUGGUACAACCACAGAAAGCCCGAAUGGAAGUCCCACGGACAGCCCUUCUGGUACAGCCACAGACAGCCCGAGUAGCACAACCACAGGUGGCCCGAGUGGAAGUCCCACAGACAGCCCGAGCGGAAGUCCCACGGACAGCCCGAGCGGAAGUCCCACGGACAGCCCGAGCGGAAGUCCCACUGCUAGCGAAGAUGCUACUUCUAAUACCAACAGCCAAAGCUCACAAAGUUCAACAAGUAGCUCAUCAACAACAUCAGCGAAAGAAGUCGAGAUUCAAACAUCCAAAGAAGCAAGGUCAUUCAUUCAUGGCCUAGAGAAGAAGUACGCAGGAACCGUACAACUCGACACUUUCUUCGAGAAACUCAAGACUUCCAUGUCUGCUUCCACAAAGAUCUCUAACACAGAUGAAAAACGCUUCGUUUCUAAAAUGAGUUCUGCAGUUAGUUCAGUGUCCGAGGCCGCAACUACUGUUACUUCAAAGUUAGCCAAAUCACCAGAGGCUAAGAACCGCAUGGAAUCUUCCCAAGAAAAAUUGAUGAAUACUUACAAAGAACUAGAAGAGGUAAACAGUAAAAUCGUGAGCGAGAAUAAAGGCAAGACAGUGUCGUCCGCACAAAAGUCAGAGCUUAAGCAGAUACUCAGUAAAUGGGAACAAGUCACCACCCAGUUUGUGGAGAAUCUUGUUUCUUCGAGUUCUUCAUCUUCAUCUUCCUCUCAGUCUCAGCAAUCUCAACAGUCUCAAAAAUCUCAUCAGUCUGAACAGUCUCAGCAAGGCAGUACCAUGAAGACUGAGACCAAUUGAUGCGACUCAAAUCAUCAAGAAAGACAAACUAGUACCGCCAUAUUUGAUAAUCAGUAACCAACUAGAGGUUUUUGUUUCUUUCAAUAAGACUAAGAUCGGUGUAGGCUGCAAUGUCAACCGACGUAUGCAAAUAAUGUACACUGUAUGCGCUCUCUCUCUCUCUCUCUCUCUAUGCUUUACAAAGAGAGUAAGCGAGACCCAUUAAAAGGGAUUUUGAAUAGUGUUUUGUGUUCUUACCUAUAUAUUUCUUUUUUUUUAACUUGUAUUCUUAUGAUCAUGGUAGUUUGUAGGAAGACCAGUGGUUACAAAUUUAAUUGUGGAAAGGAAUUAAUAAGAGAAUAUUGUUAUCUUACAUUAUAAUAUAA